CCUUACUUAUAGAUAAGUAAACUCAACAUAUAUUCAUUACCAAAAGUUGUUACUAUUUCAAAGUAUCACUAUACAACUUCAUAUAACUUUUCAAUUCUAUCGUGUACCAUUCCCACUAUAAUUUUAUUUUUUUUGUAACUAUAUAACAUUUAGAAGGCUUACAAUAAAUCUCGUCCCGUGAGCAAAAAGGGUAAGCCAUCUAACUCAGUAUCAAUUUAUAUCAUUUAAUAAUAGUAUUAAGAAGAUUUUUAGUAAUUAAGUUGAUCAAUAAGUUUGUUCUACUAUCUACUGCCUCCAUAACUAACUAAUAGAAUGGCUACUGAAACGGAUUCGACUUCUGUAUCGGCACUACCUAUCGCCGAUAAGUCAACAACCGCACCAGCAAUAGCACCCGUGGAGCAUAGUAAUGAGAAUAACAACAACAAUAACAACAACAAUAAUAAUAAUGGUGAAGAAGAACAACUGAAGACAAAUGAAAACGAAAUAGUCGAAGAUGACAAAGAUGAUGAUAUCAAUAAUAGUCAUGCCAAUAUAACGAUCACUACCAAUAGAGAAUCUCCUUUAAGUGAUAUAGUCAAUUCACCUCCACCUUUUGACUUUUCACUACGCGAAGUUGAUGAUGAAGAUACAGAUACAAAUACCAAUACAAAGAAAUCAGAGGAUAACUCCAAACAUAAUAAAGAUAGUUAUGAAAGUUCAGAGUUAAGUGAAUUGGGCGAAGAUGACUCCGAAGCCGAAACUGAUCAAAUGGACUUUUUGGAUGAAAAUUCGACUUCUGAAACUCAUAACAAUGACGAUAAUGAUAAUGAUGAAGUUGAAGAUAAACAUAAUAUAAUAAAUGGGAAAAUCAAUGGAACUUCUGAUUUACAAGUUUUAUCAAAAUUAACUCAAGAGAUAGCAGGAUGGCCCGAAGGUGGUGAAUCCGAUGCGGCUGAUAUCGAAUCAGAUCAUGACAAACUUUCAGACAAAGAUCCCAUUUCUAAAAAGAGAAGUCUUGAUGAUAAUGAGGGUUCUGAUAAGAAGAGACAUAAUGGACAUAAAGACAUUAAAGAGGAAGAUAUAAUUUCCGAUGAUAAGGAUCUUAAGCAGGAAAAAGAAGAAGAAGAAGAAGAGAAAGAAGAAGAGAAAGAAGAAGGUGAAGAUAUUGCUGUGGAUCAGCAAUUAGAAGAUAAGACAGAUGAAGGUAUACCUGAGGUUGUCAACAAGGAAGAAGAAGAAUCAAAAGAAGAAGUGGAAGUGGAAGUGGAAGUGGAAGAAGCUGAUGGAGAUGAAAAUGCAAAUGGAGAAGUCGAUGCAGAUGCAGAUGCAGAUGCCGACGCCGAAGGAGAAGGAGAAGACGAAGCUGGAGAUUCCAAGAAAGAAGAAGAAGAAGACGAAGAAGAACAUGAUGAAGAGAAGGGAGAAGGAGAAGAUGAUCAAGAACAAGAAGAAAAGGAAGCCGAAGAAGAUCUUGAUGAUGCACAUUUGAAUGAACAACGGAAAUUAGCUAUCCAAGAAUUAAUUUCCAUUGAGGCCUCAUUUGCAGAACUUAGAGAUAAGUUAUAUCAAGAUAAAUUAAAUGUGUUAGAACAUGAACUUCAAUUAUGUUUAGAAGGAUCACAUCCAGAAUUAUCAAAAAUAUAUUAUAAGGUUAAUGGAUUCUAUCAAGAUAGUUUAAAAUUGGCUAAUUCUAAUUUAGCUUAUAAAUUAAAAUGUACUGAUAAAGAGACUAUAGCUACUCGAACUUCAAUUCAUCAAAAUUUCCUUAAGAAUCUUAUGGAUACUAAAAAUAAUAUGAUUAGUGAAACUACUUCAUUAUGGUAUAAAAUCAAUAAAGAAAGAAACCUUCUUGAUCAACUUGUACCUGAUUAUGGAUUUUCUGCUAUUCCUAGUAUAAAUCCAAAUCCAACUGAAGAUGGAAUAGGUAAUAGUUUAAAUACUACCAUAAAUAAUUCUACUUCAGGAGAAUAUAUUAAUGGAAGUGAAAGUACUCCAUUAACUAAAAAGGCAAUUAAACAACAAACACUUAUAGAAUUAGUUGAACAUCGGAAUAGUAUAAACAAUGAAUUGGGUAUAUUAAAUGGAUUAGUUGAAUUCCAUGGAUUUCCUGCUGCCAUUAAUUCAUCUAUUGCUGAUGAAGUAGGCAAAUCUUCUACUGAAGAACUUUUAUUAAGAAAGGCUACACCAGAAGAAAUCAAUGAUGAUCUUACGGCCAUGGGAAUACCGAUAUGACGAUAUGAUCAUGUGACCAGUCUGAUAAUUACACGACUACAUAAGUAUUUGUAUUUGUAUUUGUAUAU